AUGUUGUGCCCAGUGAUUUUAUCUUUUUUGAUUUGGGCAGCCAGGUUGGUACUUGCUUUAGGAGCUGAAGCUAAGCUCGAUGUUGUACCAGGUGCUGCAGAAUUCGCAUUGCCGUUCUCCACUUUGAAGGAUGCUCAAAAGGUUGACGAGAAGUUGAAAACUUUGGAGCGGAAGAACUUCGGUAAGGACUCCCGUAUUCGUGUGGCUAUAGUCGGAUGUGGUUAUUCGGGAGUUGAGUUGGCUGCCGUAGUAUCCGAACGACUGCAAGAUAAGGGAGUUGUGCAAGCAAUUAAUGUGGACACCACAAUCCUACCAAAUGCUCCGCCUGGCAAUAGGGCAGCUGCCUUAAAAGUAAGAAAUUGA